AUGCAGUUCAAGCUUCUGUCUGUCCUCGCCACCGCUCUGACGGUCCAGUCCGCCUAUGCCAUGUCUUCCACUCAGCAAGGCCAGGCCCAGCAGCAGAGCGAGCAGAGCCAACAGGUUCACCAGCUCGAGCAGCUUGCCCAUGAGAUCCACGUCCACCAGAUGACCGAGCUUCACCAGCUUGACAUCGGUCUCCCGGCCCUUAACGCCAGCGCCAUUACUGCUACCUUGAACAGCGUCAGCAACGUCUUUGCCACCACCGGAACUGCCAUCAGCAACAUCACUGCUGUCACUCUUGCUCAGCAGCUCCCUAACAUCAUUUCCAGCAUCAGCGCUCUGGCUGGAAACCUUGUUACCAACGUUGCCAGCAUCAUCACCACCCCGGUGACUUCCACCUUCAGCGAUGGUGACCAGCUCUCCAUAUACAACGCUUUCGCCACUCUCACUACCGCCAACACUCAGCUCAUCAACGCUUUCGUCGGCCCCAACGGCCUCGUUUCUAACUCUCUCCUCCGUGGCCCCAUUGGUGUUGUUCUCAACCUGAUCGAGCGGACCGUUGUCAACCUGGCUGGUGCCAUCAUUGCCCGCAUCCCUGCCUACGCCCAGCAGGCCCAGACCCAGCUGAGCCAGAUCCACUCCUCUUUGGCUCUGACCAUCAGCGUCUAA